CGUCGGAGGGGGGAGGUAGAAUACCCCCAGCUGUCCAUGGAGGGGGACAUUAUGUUGGGGGGAAUCUUCUCUUUCCAUAGCCGCUGGGAGGAAGGACAGAAUACCUUCUCACACACACCUUUGCCACUACAGUGCAUUCGUUUGAAUUUCAGGGGCUUCCAGUAUACCCAGGCUAUGCGUUUUGCCAUCGAAGAGAUAAAUAACAGCUCAGACCUGCUCCCUGGAAUCUCUCUGGGCUAUAAGAUCUAUGAUUCAUGUGGAUCCAUUGCUAGAGCUGUGAAAGUCGCUCUAGCCUUGGUUAAUGGUAAUGAAAUGGUGUCUGCAUCCUCUGACAAACCAUGUACAAGACCUGCUCAAGUGCAAGCCAUCAUGGGAGAGACCUUCUCUUCUCCAUGCAUGGCUAUCGCUACUGUCGUCGGGCCCUUUUAUAUCCCACUGAUCAGCCAUGCAGCUACUUGUGCUUGCCUCAGUGAUAAAACCAAGUACCCAUCCUUUCUCAGAACAAUACCAAGUGACAAUUACCAGAGCAGAGCCUUGGCCCAGUUGGUCAAACACUUCGGUUGGACUUGGGUUGGAGCUUUAAGAACAAACGAUGAUUAUGGCAACAAUGGCAUGGCUACUUUCACAGCAACGGCCCAACGGCUGGGCAUUUGUCUGGAGUACUCUUUAUCCGUCUUUAGAACGGAUCCACCAGACAAAAUACAAAAGGUAAUGGACACCAUCAAGGCCUCCACUUCUAAAGUGAUUGUUGCCUUCCUCUCUGCCUCAGAUAUGCACAUGCUAACACGCAAGCUGUCUGAGAACAACCUGACAGGAUACCAAUGGGUAGGCAGUGAGGGCUGGAUCUUUGACUCCCAAAUCGCAGCCACAGGUGGGCAUCAUGUUCUGGAUGGUGCUAUAGGUCUGUCAAUCCCUAAAGCUCAAGUCAGUGGUAUGAGAGAGUUCAUGCUGGAUGUGAAGCCACUUAAUUCAUCUAGUAAUGAAAUGUUCACAGAGUUUUGGGAGACACUAUUUCAAUGUAGGUUCAAGAAAACAGCAGGAAACCAGAGAGAAUGUACUGGACAGGAAGAUCUGACUGAAGUUCAGAACAGCUUCACUGACAUGUCUCUAAUGCCGAUCUUUAACAAUGUCUAUAAAGGAGUGUAUGCUGUGGCCCACGCACUUCAUAGGAUGCUCAGCUGCAAUAAAACAUGUAACAAUAAAGAGCAGCUGGAUCCAUCCAUGUGCACAUCUCCUCAGAUUUUACGGCACAUUCAGCAGAUUCAGUUCAAAACAAAGGAAGGAGAUGAUGUUUACUUCAAUGAGAAUGGAGACCCACCAGCAAAGUAUGAAAUUAUUAACUGGCAGCCAAAUAAAAAUGGCAUUGUAGACUUUGUCGCAGUUGGCCUUUAUGACGCAUCACUACCAGCAGAUAGGCAGCUUAUUCUGCACAAUAGGUCUUUAAUUUGGGCAGAAAACUCACAAAAGGUGCCUCAGUCAGUCUGCAGCGAGAAAUGCCACCCAGGAACUCGCAAGGUUCUCCAGAAGGGGAAGCCUGUCUGCUGCUAUGACUGCCUCAGAUGUGCAGAGGGAGAGAUAAGCAAUAUUGCAGAUUCUAUCACCUGUGAAGAAUGUCAGCCUGACUACUGGUCCAAUGAGAGAAGAGAUGCCUGUGUAAAAAAGGAGGCAGAGUUUCUAUCUUAUAAAGAGAUUUUGGGAGCACUCCUCACUUCAGCCUCACUUUUAGGAACAUUUAUGACUGCUGUCGUCGCCUUCAUUUUUUUCAGACACAGACACACGCCGAUUGUUCGGGCCAACAACUCUGAGCUGAGCUUCCUCCUGCUCUUCUCCUUAACUCUGUGCUUCCUGUGCUCUCUCACUUUCAUCGGCCGGCCCUCUGAGUGGUCCUGCAUGCUGAGACACACAGCAUUCGGCAUCACCUUUGUCCUCUGUAUAUCAUGUGUUCUAGGGAAAACUAUAGUUGUGUUAAUGGCCUUCAGGGCGACACUUCCAGGGAGUAACGUGAUGAAAUGGUUCGGGCCAACUCAGCAGAAACUCAGUGUUCUUGGUUUCACACUUAUACAAAUACUCAUAUGUAUCCUCUGGUUAACGAUCUCUCCCCCGUUUCCCUUCAAGAACUUGAAGGAGUUCAAGAACAAAAUCAUAUUAGAGUGUGCUUUUGGCUCAGCUGUGGGUUUUUGGGCAGUACUUGGGUAUAUAGGACUUCUGGCCAUGUUUUGUUUCGUGCUGGCUUUUCUAGCCAGAAAGCUGCCUGAUAAUUUUAAUGAAGCUAAGUUCAUCACAUUCAGCAUGCUGAUAUUCUGUGCUGUAUGGAUUACUUUUAUCCCUGCAUAUGUCAGCUCUCCUGGGAAGUUUAGCGUUGCUGUGGAGAUAUUUGCCAUUCUAGCCUCUACUUUUGGACUACUUAUUUGUAUUUUUGUUCCAAAAUGUUACAUUAUCUUACUGAAACCAGGGAAGAAUACAAAAAAGAAUAUCAUGGGGAAGGGAGCAACAAAAUCCUACUAA